AACCCGGUUUUUCUUUCUCUAAUAAUUUCGGACCGUCCCGUUUACCUAAAGACCGUACCCUUCGGCUUCGACCUUCGUCGUCUAUCCCUCCUUCGAUUUUUCCUCAGAUCUAGCUCUGGUUUUCCUCUGAUUAAUUUUUCUAAUCCUCAAAUCAAAUCCCUGAUUUGUUCAAUUCUAUUUAUCCUCUAUUGAUUGACCCCAAAAUCAACUCCAGCCGUUGAUCAUACCCGAUUUUAGGGUUAGGGUUUCGAGUUCGUCCUUUAGACCGUUUUAAUCCUCCGAUCUUCUAUGUUUUUCUUUUCUAUUUUCGGUGUUAUUUAAUUCCCCUCUCUAAUCAGGUUCUGAUUUAGUAGUUUGUCUCGACCCGUUCAAAUUUCUGGGGUUUCGAAGCGUUCGAUUCCUUAGGGUUUGUUCGUUCUGGAAAUUUAUAGAGGGGUUUGGUUCUUUUGCCUGAGACUGAUUGUUUGGAUCCCUAUUUCUCAAUAAUUUUGCGGUUUGACCAAUUCGGGUGUGUAAUUGAUUCGUCUAGGGUUAGGGUUUCAGAAAUAUUUGGGGCUUUUCUAUUUGGUGGAAUUAAGUUGGGGGUUAGUACUAAAGGCACAGGGAAAUCAGCUUUGGGCCUUUGAUUCAGUAAUAUUUUAUCUGAAUUAAGGCUUCUAGGGUUUUAGCUUAAACUUCCUACCUUCGAAGUCUGAAUUCGACGAAUUCGAGAGAUUAGAAUGGGAUUUAAAAGGCCUUUUGUUGAUGAGGAGUUCCCGGAGCUUCCUCAUAAGCACCUUAGGCAGCUUGAGUACAGCCAUAUGCUGAAUCCAUUUGCCGAACUUGUUACUUGUAACAAUUGCCCACAGGAACCUACUUUUUCAGGUGAGUAUGAGGGUGGCUUUCGUCAACUUCAGUGGCAUGAAACGCUUGAAAAAGACAGUGUUACUGAAGUUUCAAAUUUAACUGAUAAGGAUAUUGAGACCAAUGAUCCCUCGUCAUGGAUCUCCAGCAGUUCUAGUGAAGAAGAUGCUGGGUCUGGGGUGUCAUCCUACCCAUCUCUUUCUCCAGAAUAUUUGGAAUUAAAUUUACCACGGAGAAGAUUUGUACCAUUUGAGGAUGCCUAUUCUUCUUUCUUGGAUCACUCUCCUAGGAAACAAGUUCCUGUUGGUCCAAAUCAUCAAGCCAGUAUUCCAUUGUGGGGCAAACAUAUAUAUAAGAACAAGUUAGAUCUGACAGAAAACUUUAACCCCAACAUUGACGUUAGUGAUAGUGAGGAGAAGCUGAUGGGGACUUGUGUUAUCCCAAUGCCUGAUUUAAAUUUGUAUACAGACAAGGGUGACCAUGCUGGCGAUGCCAGGGCAGAUUGUAGUUGUCUGGAUUCUGGCUCUAUUAGAUGUGUUUGCCAGCAUGUCAUGGAAGCACGAGAAAAACUAAGAAAAAUCAUUGGGGAUGAAAAAUUUGUGAAUUUAGGGUUUUCUGACAUGGGAGAGGACGUGGCAUAUGAAUGGACCGAGGAAGAAGAGCAGAUCUUUCAUGAGGUUGUUUACUCCAACCCUGUGUCCUUGGGCAAGAAUUUUUGGAAGCACCUGUCAUUGGCAUUUCCUUCUCGAAGUAAAAAUGAGCUUGUGAGCUAUUAUUUCAAUGUGUUCAUGCUUCGGAGGCGCGCUGCUCAGAACAGAUCUAAAUUGCUGGACAUAGACAGUGAUGAUGAUGAAUGGCAAGGAAGCAAUAGAAGCUCCUACGAGGUUGGAGAUUCAGAAGAAGACGAAGACUCUGCUAUUGAGUCUCUUGUUGAUCAAGAUAAUCAAGUCGAUUUCUCUGAAGAAGAUGAUGCUAGCAAUGAUGAUGAUGCCGACUAUGACAAUGACGGUGAUGAUGACUACAAGGGUGAUGGUAUUGAGCAACCUUGUAGAGAUGGCGUUCCCAAAGAAGAUGGUGGGAUGGAUCUUUUGUCAGAUGCACCCGUUUUGAAUUCCCUUGAUGAGAGCAAAUUUGACCCCUUGUUUCAGCGUGUGGAUAAGACUACAGGGAAUGAUCAGGAGGAUCUCGGCGCCCAAGAUGACUCAUGCUCUUCGUUUGAUUGUCAAGCCAGUAUAGCUAGCUCUUGCGGUCCUGAUAACACUGGAACUGCUUUACAAAGGUGUGAAGUUAAGAGCGAGCAUGGCAAAGCUGAUUGGUGUAGUGAUGCGGUGGGUCAGUUCUAUUUACUGGAGCCCUAUGACGCUAAAGAUUGGGAUGCCAAGUACCCAUCAGCUUCAUUAAAAGGUUUUGAUCUUCUAUCUACAUGGAACAUGAUUGAAGAGGUCUUUGGAGAGGGCAUUUCGGAUAACAAGAUGAUGGGUGACUAAAGCAUCAUCAUCUAGUGGCUAUCUGAGAUAGUUGUGUCUAUUUCUUGUACAUAUCAUCUGGUGCGGCUUUUGCCAGGGCCAAAGAUUUUGGGGCUUUGGCAGCUAUAGUUGUCAUGCAAGAGCAUUUCUUCUAAAGCACCGGAUAUUUUGAUUUUCCAUUUCCUUGUGUACAUCCUUACUGUGAAAUCUCUAAUAUUUGUUGGCAUGUUAAAAUGCUUUGAAUGAGAAUACGUCUUUUGUAAGUUC